AGGCUCACACCCGAGGCACAUGGAAGUUCCCAGGCCAGGGGUCAAGUUGGAACCGAAGCUGCUGCCAGCUUACACCACAGCCACAGCAACUUGGGAUCUGAGCUGCAUCUGUGACCUACACCACAGCUCACGGCAAUGCUGGAUUCCCAACACACCAAGUGGGGCCAGGGAUCGAACCCGCAUCCUCUUGGACAGUAGUCAGAUUCAUUACCACUGAGCCAUUGACAGGAACUCCAGGGGCAGGGGGGAGUCUCUUGUUUUUGGCUCCUCCCGACACCUGGUGAAAUGGACCAGCGCAGGCACCCCUUCCAGUGGCUGUCCCAGGCGAUGACUCAGGAUGCAGCCAGGGGCCACGACGUGCACGGAGGACCGCAUCCAGCACGCCCUGGAGCGCUGCUUGCACGGGCUCAGCCUCAGCCGCCGCUCCACCUCCUGGUCAGCUGGGCUGUGUCUAAACUGUUGGAGCCUGCAGGAGCUGGUCAGCAGGGAUCCGGGCCACUUCCUUAUCCUCCUGGAGCAGAUCCUGCAGAAAACCCGAGAGGUCCAAGAGAAGGGCACCUAUGACCUCCUCGCGCCCCUGGCCCUGCUCUUCUAUUCUACUGUCCUCUGUACGCCACACUUCCCGCCAGACUCAGAUCUCCUUCUGAAAGCAGCCAGAACCUACCACCGAUUCCUGACCUGGCCGGUUCCGUACUGCAGCAUCUGCCAGGAACUGCUCACCUUCAUCGAUGCUGAGCUGAAGGCCCCAGGAAUCUCCUACCAGCGACUGGUGAGGGCGGAGCAGGGCCUGUCCACAAGGAGUCACCGCAGCUCCACCGUCACGGUGCUCUUGCUGAACCCCGUGGAGGUGCAGGCUGAGUUCCUUGACGUGGCCGACAAGCUGAGCACACCAGGGCCCUCGCCGCACAGCGCCUACAUCACCCUGCUCCUGCAUGCCUUCCAGGCCACCUUUGGGGCCCACUGUGACCUCUCUGGUCUGCACCGCAGGCUGCAGUCCAAGACCCUGGCAGAGCUCGAGGCCAUCUUCACGGAGACAGCCGAGGCACAGGAGCUGGCCUCGGGCAUCGGGGAUGCAGCUGAGGCCCGGCAGUGGCUCAGGACCAAGCUGCAGGCGGUGGGAGAGAAGGCCGGCUUCCCUGGUGUCUUAGACACCGCAAAACCUGGCAAGCUCCGCACCAUCCCCAUCCCGGUCGCCAGGUGCUACACCUACAGCUGGAACCAGGACAGCUUCGACAUCCUGCAGGAAAUCCUGCUCAAGGAGCAGGAGCUGCUCCAGCCAGAGAUCCUGGACGACGAGGAGGACGAGGACGAGGAGGACGAGGAAGAGGACUUGGACGCCGACGGCCACUGCGCGGAGAGGGACUCGGUGCUCUCCACCGGCUCGGCGGCCUCCCACGCCUCCACGCUGUCCCUGGCCUCGUCCCAGGCCUCGGGGCCCACGCUCUCCCGCCAGUUGCUGACCUCCUUCGUCUCGGGCCUCUCGGAUGGCGUGGACAGCGGCUACAUGGAGGACAUCGAGGAGAGCGCCUACGAGCGGCCCCGGAGGCCUGGCGGCCACGAGCGCCGGGGCCACCGCCGGCCCGGGCAGAAGUUCAACAGGAUCUAUAAACUCUUCAAGAGCACCAGCCAGAUGGUGCUGCGGAGGGACUCGCGCAGCCUGGAGGGCAGCCCGGACAGCGGCCCGCCCCUGCGUCGGGCCGGCAGCCUCUGCAGCCCCCUGGACAGCCCGACCCUGCCCCCGUCCCGGGCCCAGCGCUCCCGCUCGCUGCCCCAGCCCAAGCUCGGCCCCCAGCUGCCCGGCUGGCUCCUGGCCCCCGCCUCCCGCCACCAGCGCCGCCGCCCCUUCCUGAGCGGGGACGAGGACCCCAAGGCUUCCACGCUGCGUGUCGUGGUCUUCGGCUCGGAUCGGAUCUCGGGGAAGGUGGCCCGGGCUUACAGCAACCUGCGGCGGCUGGAGAACAACCGUCCUCUCCUCACACGGUUCUUCAAGCUACAGUUCUUCUACGUGCCUGUCAAGCGGAGCCGUGGGACAGGCACCCCCACCAGCCCAGCCCCUCGGAGCCAGACGCCCCCCCUCCCCACAGACGCCCCGAGGCACCCGGGCCCUGCAGAGCUGGGCGCCGCCCCCUGGGAGGAGAGCACCAAUGACAUCUCCCACUACCUCGGCAUGCUCGACCCCUGGUACGAGCGAAACGUCCUGGGCCUCAUGCACCUGCCUCCUGAAGUCCUGUGCCAGUCCCUGAAGGCUGAGCCCCGGCCCCUGGAGGGCUCCCCUGCCCAGCUGCCCAUCCUGGCGGACAUGCUGCUCUACUACUGCCGCUUCGCUGCCCGGCCGGUGCUGCUGCAGGUCUAUCAGACCGAGCUGACCUUCAUCACCGGGGAGAAGACGACGGAGAUCUUCAUCCACUCCCUGGAGCUGGGCCACUCUGCUGCCACACGCGCCAUCAAGGCUUCGGGUCCUGGCAGCAAGCGGCUGGGCAUCGAUGGUGACCGGGAGGCCGUCCCUCUAACACUACAGAUAAUUUACAGCAAGGGGGCCAUCAGCGGCCGGAGUCGCUGGAGCAACAUGGAAAAGCUCUGCACCUCUGUCAACCUCAGCAAGGCCUGCCGGCAGCAGGAGGAGCUAGACUCCAGCACAGAGGCCCUGACGCUAAACCUGACAGAAGUGGUGAAAAGACAGACCCCUAAAUCCAAGAAGGGCUUUAACCAGAUCAGCACCUCGCAGAUCAAAGUGGACAAGGUGCAGAUCAUCGGCUCUAACAGCUGCCCCUUUGCCGUGUGUCUGGACCAGGACGAGAGGAAGAUCCUGCAGAGUGUCAUCAGGUGCGAGGUCUCGCCCUGCUACAAGCCUGAGAAGAGCAGCCUCUGCCCCCCACCCCAGAGGCCCUCCUACCCGCCGGCGCCGGCCGCGCCCGACCUCUGCUCCCUGCUCUGCCUGCCCAUCAUGACUUUCAGCGGAGCUCUGCCCUAGCCACCACCCUGCACCAGCCUGGACAGGGAGCCGGGGGGCAGCCUCCUCGGAGCCCCCUCCCCAGAAGACUGGCGGCUGAGAGGGUCGUGCUCCCUGUGGAGAACAGAGGGGCCGUGUACUGGGUCAGGGUCCCGCUGUGGGCCCUGCAGCAGCAAGAGCGGGGGCUGCUGGGGCCUCAGGGCUCUGUUUGGGCGAGAAGCAGGCAUUAGGGAGAGGGCCUGGCCCCACGGCCUCAGCUUCCUCACGGCAGCGGAGAGAGGGAUGGGUGAGCUGACCUCAAGGCCCUGGCCUCCAGUGGGGUCCAGGAUCCUUUCUGGAAGGAAGAUCUGAGGCGCUGGUGCUCUGGGGUGUGGUGUAGGCCUCCCCUCCCAGCCCUGGGCCAGGCCCCCCCGUUACUUUGUCAGAGACUUGGGGAUCCUCUGUGUCUGGGGGUUCAAGCAGUGGAACAUGGAUGCGACUUUUCUGACGUUGGUGCCAUCCCCGCCCCCACCUCACCCCCCCCCACACACACCCCUUCUCUCUGUCAAGUUCCCUGGGUCUUCUGUGAAACAGCACUAACACUUGACCUGGCUGUGCCAGCACUUGGAACAGAUGCUUCCUGGAUCGAGAGCCUUGGGAGACAGGACAAGCUUAGGUUCAGUGGUGGCUCAGUUACCUUCUAGCGAAAUGAGCAGAAGGAGGUGAAUUGGCUCCUUCGAGGCUCCCCUACCUGGGCACUAAGAUGGGGGGAAUAAGGCCGCCUUAAAGGGUUGGGGUGAUGUCGUCUGCAAAGCGCCUGGCCCAGUGGCCGGCUGGUAGCAGGUGCGGCCUCACCCUCUGGGCGUCGACUCCCUCGUGUGGCGGGAGGCUAAAAGGAUGCCCUGCCCCCGUGAUGCUGUCAUUCCCUCCUUCCAAUUCACUGAUGAGGCAGGACCCAGACUGAGGGGGUGAGGGGCGCGCAGUUCUACCUUUGAAGGAGGAAGUGCCUUGAUCAGAGUAAGAGGAGGGUGGCCCAGCCGCCCCCUCCUCCUCUCCCAGGUUGGCCCCUGUGCCUCCCACUCCCAUCUCACUCCUUGGGCUGGCGCACAUCACGGGCACAGUCCUCCAGCCCCACAGUUCACUGGUGCCAUGGCCCCUGGGUCGGUUCGCAGAGGAUGGAGGAUGCAGAGCUGUCCUCGAGGAGCUUGGGGUCUGAUGGGGAAAACGGGUGAUGGAACAUGAGCGCCGAAGAUUUAAAACUCCCAGGUUGCAGUGGUUGGAGAAGCCGGCCGCACACGCACACGCGGACUAGGGUGGUAGGGAGAGGGCAGGGCUUGGGGCAGGGAUUUGGACUAGGAGUGGGGGGAGGUAACCAGAGAAGCAGACAGUUGUAUCCCGCACAGACCUCCCCGCCCCUCCCCUCCUGCUCUGGCUCCAUCUGCUUCAAAGGGUCUGGGCUUUAGGAGCCCGUGGUGCCCAGCGCAGCGUACUCAGGACUCGAGAGACGCGGACCGUGCCAGUUCCCACCCUGUGCCACUCCAGGCCCCAGGGAGGGGUUUGCAAUAUACCUCAACGUUUUUGUGUGUGUGGUAAGGUCAUCCUAGGACCCAAAAUGGAAUUUAACGUUAUUGUCAAAUAAAACUUGAUUUGUCUUGGA